CGAACUUGGUAUCUGACAAGAUGGCCGGGCUGCCCCGCAGGAUGAUCAAGGAAACUCAGCGUUUGCUGGCAGAACCAGUUCCCGGCAUCAAAGCAGAACCAGAGGAGAGCAACGCCUGUUAUUUUCAUGUGGUCAUUGCUGGCCCCCAGGAUUCCCCCUUUGAGGGAGGGACUUUUAAACUUGAACUAUUCCUUCCAGAAGAAUACCCAAUGGCAGCCCCUAAAGUACGUUUCAUGACCAAAAUUUAUCAUCCUAAUGUAGACAAGUUGGGAAGAAUAUGUUUAGAUAUUUUGAAAGAUAAGUGGUCCCCAGCACUGCAGAUCCGCACAGUCCUGCUAUCGAUCCAGGCUUUGUUAAGUGCUCCCAACCCAGACGACCCGUUAGCAAAUGACGUAGCGGAGCAGUGGAAGACCAACGAAGCCCAAGCCAUAGAAACAGCUAGAGCAUGGACUAGGCUAUAUGCCAUGAAUAAUAUUUAAAUCGAUCUGAUCAUCAGUGUGCAUCAUUUCUCCUGUUCUGCCAAGACUUCUUCCUUUUUUUGUUUGCAUUUAAUGGACACAGUCUUAGAAACAUUACAGAAUAAAAGCCCAGACAUCUUCAGUCCUUUGGUGAUUAAAUGCACAUUAGCAAAUCUA